AUGACGAACUCCCAAGAAUUCGUCGAGCCACAGAUGCCUAAACUUCCGGAAGAAUUUCAAGCGAUGACGUUGGGAAGUACACGAGCAAAGCCGCAAAUCACAAAAAACGCGGAUACAACUACAAUCUAUUUUGACAAUCCCGUUUGGGAUGAUGCCAAGUUUCGUCACGAAUUGCUGGAUUCUGACGAUGAUCGGUAUUCAUUGGGAUUGGGCCAAGCUCCGUACAUCAUGGCGGACGAAGAUACUCUAGAUGGUCUGCUCAGAGACACUCACCAUGAGAUCACUUCAAAUCCCAUUUCUCACUCCAAAAAAGAUGAGACAAUCCUCUCCAGCGAUGAUGAGAAUGACUACAGUACUCUUAACUUGCGACGCCAUGAUCAACCAGGACCAUCUCGCCCAAGAGCUCGCACUCCGAGAACUCGUACUCCAAGAGCUCGAACCCCAGGAGUAAAGUACGAAAAGAGUAUUCUUGAUCUCGACGACUAA